GGGCCGGCCCUCGCCUCGCCGACAUGCCCGGGACGCUGCUGCUGCUCUGCCUGGCCCUGGGCCCCGCGCUGCGCGCCGCCAGGUGUGAAAGCACAGAGGAAUAUGAUUAUGAUUACCUCAGCAUCAAUAAAACCUGGGUCCUCACCCCUAAGGCACAGGAGACUGAUGCCACACAAAUCCUCAACUCACUGCUGAAGAACUAUGACAACAAGCUGAGGCCUGACAUAGGCAUCAAGCCCACGUUUAUUGAUGUGGAUAUCUAUGUGAACAGCAUUGGGCCAGUAUCUGUCAUCCAGAUGGAAUACACUAUUGAUAUCUUCUUUGCUCAGACAUGGUAUGACCGCCGUCUUCGUUUCAACAGCACCCUCAAGGCCCUCACACUGAACACCAACAUGGUGAGCCGCAUCUGGAUCCCAGAUACCUUUUUCAGAAACUCCAAGCGGGCUGACUCCCACUGGAUAACCACUCCUAAUCAACUCCUCCGCAUCUGGAAUGACGGCAAAGUUCUCUAUACACUCAGACUGACUAUUGAGGCUGAAUGUCUGCUCCAGCUGCAGAAUUUCCCAAUGGACACUCACUCCUGCCCUCUGGUUUUUUCCAGUUAUGGCUACCCACGUGAGGAGAUUGUCUAUCGCUGGAGGCGCUAUUCCAUUGAGGUCUCUGACCAGCGCACGUGGAGGCUUUACCAAUUCGACUUCACAGGGCUGAGAAACACCUCAGAAGUCCUCAGGACUGGGGCAGGGGAGUACAUGGUGAUGACAGUUUCUUUUGACCUGAGUAGACGUAUGGGUUAUUUUGCCAUUCAAACCUACAUUCCCUGCAUCCUGACCGUUGUUCUCUCCUGGGUUUCCUUUUGGAUCAAAAGAGAUUCUACACCAGCCAGGACAUCUCUGGGUAUCACCACUGUGCUAACAAUGACCACCCUGAGCACCAUCUCCCGCAAGCACCUUCCCCGUGUUUCCUACAUCACAGCAAUGGACCUCUUUGUCUCUGUGUGCUUCAUCUUCGUCUUCGCAGCUCUCAUGGAGUAUGCCACACUCAACUACCUGGUGGGAAACAAGAAACCUCUGGAGCACAACAGCAGGAAAACCAGGCUGCCAUCUGCUGGUGUCCAGGUGAUGCCAUCUUUCACCACCAUUAACAUCAACAACAUCAUGCACUGGCCACCAGAGGCAGAGGAAGAUGAGGAUGAAGACCCUGGCUCCCCAUGCCUGGAAGGGAAGGAAUGUGAGAGAUUCUUCUGCUGCAUUGAGGACUGUCAGACAGGGACGUGGCGGGAGGGGAGGGUCCGCAUUCAUAUCUCCCGCCUGGACUCUUACUCCCGCGUGUUCUUUCCCACUGCCUUCCUGCUCUUCAACAUUGUCUACUGGAUUGCCUAUCUGUAUCUCUAGCUGUUCUUUGUCCUCAACUGGAAUGGACUGGAGGCCAGCAAACUGGGCUCUUCAAGGAGCGUAAGAAAUACCGUCUCUUCCUGUUGUAGUCAAUCAUCAGUCUGAACAAUCCAAUUUGGUGGUUCCUUCUUCCUGCUCUCACCUCUUCUGAGAAGAAGCAGACAGCUCUUUUUUUUAGUUCUCAAACCUGUCUCUUCAGAGAAUCUUUCCUUCCUAAACAACCCUUUCUCCAACACUACCAGCAUCUGAUUCCUUCUAAGAUGGCCCAGAAAAGUCCUAUUCCUAUCAAAAAGUUAGGGAUUUUAUCAAGAACAAAAACCUAAAUGUGCUUCAUUUUUUCUAUCCAGUCUUGCUCCAAAAUUCCAUGGAAAGUGAUGGCAAAUUGAAUUUUAUGCAUAGUUUUUAAGUCUGCAGAGGAAAUAAAACAGAUUUUAUAACUUCUAUACCACCUCUACCAAGGCUUUGUGGGAGUGCUAGAGACACGGGAAGGUCAGAAGAGAGGGGCCAAAGAGGCCUUCCUUCUGCCAGGAGCUAGGAUUGGCCAACAUACUUUGAACCUGCCCAGAAAGCUGGUUCUGGGUAUCCUGUAGGAUAUCUGGGAAGCAUUCCUCAUGGAUUGCUCUGCUUGUUGCACAUCAUGGUACCUAAGGCAUCUACCCAUUGAGGCUUUGCUGAUCCUCAUCAGAUGACAAAAAACACUUCAUGACUCUAAAUGGCUGCUAUCUUACCAGGACAGGAUUUCUAAGGGCCAUUGGUGGCAUCCUGCCAUGUGGUCAGGACUUUGACCAGAGUAUGCAGCUUAACUUUGGGCGUAGCCAAAAUGAGGAGAAAGCUCUUAUGCUACAAAGACCAGAAGGUGUCUCAUAUGCCUGUUGUGAGGUAGCUGUCUUCAGCCUGUCUCAGAUGAGCCAGUGCUCUCCUUCACAAGGACAAGUGUUAAAAUCCUCAGAUUUAUGCACGGUAGUAAGUGCUAACCUGAAAAAUGGGUACUAGGGAAAGGAAUACUAGCAACUACCCCAGCACCUACCAGUGAUAGGGAAGAGUUCCUGCAGCUGAGAUGUGUUUCCUUACUUUCUUCUUUUUAAUAUUUACAUUAAAAAACAGACUUCACUAAAACUGUAUGCCUUGUCCCACUUGCCACAAAUCUAUGCCCCUUUUCUUCCCAGAAUCAGGAAGGGGAACAAGCCAAGCAUGGCAUUCGCCAUCUGCCCUCUUUGGUAGCUCUCAGGAAGCUCAAACAGAGAUGGUUCCAAGUGUUCUUGCUCUCCUGCCAGGUCUCUGUCAGCUGUGACAGGAACCAUUGACGCCUAAAACAAAAUGGGCUAGAGAAAAGUGAAAUACAGUCUGAGUUGGGAAGAAACUGCAUAAUAUAGAAGGGGAAGCUCAGGCCCAAGGUUCAUAAGGUAUAAAUCAGCUGCUUCACCAAUUACACUAACUGCUGAUUUGGCCCACAGCAGGAGCGAUCAUGAAAAGCAGUGUAGUAUGAAUAUUUACUUACUGCCUAAAUUAAAAUCAAAAAAUCUUUUUAUAAACAGCAUGUUUUAGAAACAGUUGUUACUUGAAAGGCUUGUCACAAGAAGAAAGCUGGCAUGGCUGCAGAGAAAAAGUUAGGAAUGGCUGGCUAACAGGGCCAGGCUGGUUUAUAUAUUCUUAGACAGCAAUUUGAUCUGGUUUAAAGAUGGAUUUUGACACUUAAAUCUGAUCUGAGUAAUGAAGUGUCAUGUUUAAUUCAUUCAUAAAUACAGCUCUACCUUAGUUCCAAAGGAAGAGCUAGAGUGCCUAAUUAAGUACACAGUAGUACAACACUCUGCUAAGUACAACCUAAUGGGGUCAGAUCAGCAUAGCUCUGGAAGGGCAAAUUGUGCCUGCCUAACCUGUUACAGUUCUUUUAAAAUACCAAGUAAGAGAUAAAGGUUACUCAGAAGCAUAAUUUGCUCAGCUACUCCAACAGCUUUUGAAAGGAUGGAAAGAAAUUAUGACAUGUGGUUCUAACUGAGGAAAUUGAUUUAGUAAAAGAAUUAUUAAGGAGGUUCUAAUUAGAGAAAAUUAAUUGAGGAGAGGGGGAAAAAAGAAUUGUUAAGAAGGCUCUAAUUAGAGGAAAUUAAUGUUUUAGAGAGAGAUACACAGAGAGGGAGAAGUACAAGAAAAGAAUCAAAACAACUUCCAGACGAGGAGAGCUGCUGGGUGAUGGUGCUGACGCCCAGCCAAGCGGGAUGAUGUUCUGCUUCUGAUAGCAAAGCACUCUUAGAUGUAGCAAUAGAAAAACCUCCUAUGACUCAACUGUAUGCUGACAGGGAACUGGAUUAGACAGAGAUCUGUGAUCUCUGUUGGGAGCCAAAAGGAAAGAGCAUCCUAGAUUAAAAAUGGUUCACGUGACACUGAGUGAAGCGUGUCUUCACAUGUCAGAAGGCAGCUGCUGCUGUGUGUGUAGGAGGGGGCACCCUGGUGGCAAACCAGGGCCCAUGCCAAGUGUGUUCAUAAACAGUAUGAUGGUAUAAAAGGUGUGCAGGCAAUGUAGGCUGUGGUAAACACAGAAAGCAAAAUCUGGAAUGGAGCUUCUGAGAAAGGGCUGGUAGAUGGAAGAAAAUUAAUGUAUACAUGCAAAAAGAGUCCAAGCUUCUCCAAUUCAUAGGCCUCAGAGCACUUGGGAUCUUGGAUGAAUGCAGCUGAUCAUCGUGGACAUCAAAGUAAAGACAUCAGCACUGUAAGCAGCAGUAUGUUGAAUUUAGAUCUUUUAAAGAGUGAUCCAGGAGAGCAGCAAGUUAUACAGGAGACCUAAAAAGAUGAUAGGAACUCUGGCAAAGUAGACUUGAAAGAUUAUAAAUCUUCAGCAAAAAAAAAAAAAAAAAAAAAAAAAAAAGAUAAAAACUAACAUACACCUGGGUAAUUUAACUGAUGAUGGAAGACUUGAGAGUGACUUGACAGAAGAAAAUAGUCUAGCGUGGGAUGGAGCACAAGCAGCUGAUUGCUAAAGCUGGGGAAGGAGUUGGGGGGGGGGUCUUUUUGGCUUGGGGAAAUCUGUGCCCAUCAUAAAUAGCUCAAUGAAGGUAUGCACAAAUUCAGUCAUGUUUUUAAGUUUCUACAGUAUGUAAGAAAAGAAAAAAGAAAAGAAAAGAAAAGAAAGAGAAAUCCACCAUUUUUUGGAAUUACUUUGCAAAGCUCAAUUUUCCCGAAAAGAGGUUUCCCGUUUCCCCUCUACAGGCAGGGAUCCCAGAGCACAGAGACAUUCAGCAGCUGUGUGCUGUUCUGGCAAGCAAGGCGCUAGGAGCCCAACCCCAUGGCUCCUGCCCAGGAUGGGGUAAACCACCCACCUUUCCCUGCAUGCUGUGAUUUCUGCCAUCGCCCCAGCAUGGGUUACGGCAUUGCAGUGGCUUUCAGACUAGGACAGCUGCUGCCUUUUUACUGCUGUCCGACUAGGUUGCUCCAGGGAACAUAGCCCUAAAACAGCAGGCUAAUGAUUGAACUGGAAGCAACAAUAUUGACAUUUAUGUUUUAUGGCUUUUUUUUACAAGACGAAGUCACAAAAAUGUUGGUUUCUCAUGUCUUUGUCUCAUCCUGUUCCUAACCUUCCCUUCCAAAUGAUGCCAUGUAAGGGACUGUUUUUAGACUGUAAGCUCAUCGGGGCAGGCACACUCUUACUGUGUGUGUGUUUGUGUCGGGCCUAGCACACUAAGGCUUGAUCCUUAGCUGAGCCUUCUGGCUGCUGCUUAUUAUAGAUAAUAAACAACAGUAUGGACUGUCUGGCUCCAAGAA